ACACAGAUGACCGUUGUCGGGAGAUUUUAACAAGAGUAUAUGGAUCAGCAGACGAUUGAGACAAAAUUCUGUCCGAUAUAAAGAAGUGAUAAUUAUGAAAAGUUGACCGACAUUCGAAGAUCCGAUUGUACUGUAAAUAGACUGACAAUAACAAACGUUUUAAUCAUGAUAUGGUUUGGUAUCGAUUUUACUUGUAAGAAAAGUGGUUUGGACGCGGGGGCUCUUGUUUGGCCGACCCAAACAAACAAGAGUGCGCCUGUUGAUUCAAGCGCCGAAAUCAAUCAAUUAACCUGACGGAAACUGUAUUAAAGUAUACAGUUUACAAUAAAAAAAACGUUUACUUGUCAAAUAGUUCAUAAUUUAUGCAUUAGGUUCGGCGCAUAAAGAGUUCGAAAUCUGACACAUUAUAAGCUGCGCCACAAAACUGACAAAAAUAAAUCUGUUCGUUCAUCAAUAAGGGAACUUUAGUCGUCCUUAUUUCUCUUUUUUUUUCCUGCUCUUUUUAAAAUAACACAAAGUGUUCCUUUACGUUUAAACUGACCCUUGAAAUGAGAUGGGCUUCCUGAAGUCUACAAUGCGUGAGCUUUUUCAUUUUAUUGCUGAGUUUUUUCUUUUUUUACCUCAUGUGUCAUCUAUUUAGCUCAUGCUGUUUCAGAAUCGAAUAAUUUAAGCUCGUGAAACGUGCGAGUGGGAGUGAUGAUCCACCUUUGAUUGGCUUCGAACAAAUUUAUCAAACAAUUUACAAGUUUGCCAUCUGCUUUCAUCUUCCGUUGAAUCUUGUCUUAGAGCAGGCAUCUGUUCAAAUUAUACAGUUUAUGAGUAAUCUUUUCUUUUGGACCGGGCACUUUGUCGCCCGCAGAAUCGCGAUUAAGGUGUUGCUUUGUGAAGCGGACAAGAAUGAACACAACGGUAAACCAAGGACUUUCCAUGCUCCCUAACAUGACGAAUAAUGCCACAGAUGCGCCUCCUGAGGGAUUCCAGGUCCCGCGCAAUAUUCAGAUCGGAGUCACAAUCCUUGCCGUCAUUGUUAUCAUCCUGGCAAUGAUCGGUAAUACUCUGGUGAUUUACAUCGUGUUCACAGUAAACCACAUGCGCAGCUCAACAAACACUCUCAUCGCCAACAUGGCCUUUGCUGAUCUUCUCAUGACCAUAGAUAUUCCCUACAUACUCAAAUGGGUCUACGUGUGGGACAAGUGGUUUGGCACGUUCAUGGGCACUGUGUUAUGCAAGUUCUUCCACGCUGCACAGGUGGGAUCCCUAGCCUCUUCAGUCUUUAGUUUAGUAGCGAUCUCACUGGAUCGCUCUUUCGGCAUCCUAUUUCCAAUGAAGAAGAUAAUGACUCGAAAAGUUGUGCGCUUGGCGAUCGCCAUGACGUGGCUAGGUGCGCUGGCGUUAACUGUUCCACUCAUGAUAGCGGUCAAGAAUACACAGCUGGGGGGGAUGGAGUAUUUUAGCUGCAGAGAGAACUGGCCGCCGAUGUCACAAACAACCUACAAUACAUUUUUAUUUACAACUGCCUACAUCAUUCCACUGACCGUUGUUACUGCAGUUUACUGCCUGGCGGGAUUACGUCUUUGGAGAAGAAAACUCCCUGGACGUGGUAAUUCAACUGCACGAAGGAGAGCUCAAGCCUCAAGUAGACGCGCGACUGCCAUGUUGAUAACAGUACUUGUUAUUUUCACUCUUUCCUGGUUUCCAUUUCAAGCCUUGGAGAUGAUAAGAGUUCUUAAUCCGCAGAUAUUGAAGGACUUCACAAUUCCCGUGGAAGUUCAUUUUGUAAUCCCGUGGUUUGGUUAUUGUAACAGCGCUAUUAAUCCAAUUCUUUAUGUGAUAUUCUCAGAGAAUUAUCGCCGCCAGUUUUAUCGGAUUCUCUGUAGAGGGCCAAGCCGAAGGGAUCGUCACAGAAAUAUGAUCAUCAAGAGCUUGGGAGCAACUCAGACUACGCCCCUAUCGCUGGGGUUGUCGAUGGCAGCACAUAUACCACUCAAAGAGCUAAAAGCAAAAUCUAACCAACAGGGACAAGCGAUUGUCAAUAAAGGUCUUGAUCUUUUGUAGAUGUAAUUCUAGCUUUCAUUUUCAUUGUGGUUGAAAUGCCUCUACUGUAAAUUAUAGCAUUUAUUAUAGUUAAGUUUCUUCUCGUUUAUUUUAUAAUUUAGCUAAGUUAAGUUUGGUUUAGUUUAGUUUAGUUCAUAUCGUUCGUUUCGUAUCGUUUAGUUUAGUUUCAUGUAGUCUAGCCCAGUUUAGUUCAGUUCAGUUUAGUUAAGCUCCGUUUAAUUUAGUUUAGUUUAG